ACUCUAGCUCCGGAACAGAAGGGCUCUUAGGCAGUGAGGGGAAAGCUGGAGUGAGUGAGGCUAGCAGGGUUUUUGUUUUUUUUUUCCCCCUCCUGUGUAAGGCAAGAUGUUACACUAAGUUGUUGAAUGGGGAGCGCUGCUCUUUCCCCAAGCCUAUUGGUACUUCUUGUCAGGAGGAAACCAGGAGAGGUGGGAGUGCCUGGGGAGGCAGGCGGCCCCUGCUGCAGGAGCCUGGAGCUGCCUGUCCUGCCCCCUCAGCCUGCUUUCCAGAAGACCUGGGCUCUAGUGACUGUGUCUGCAAAGCUCUUCUGGAGCCUGUGAAUGAACCCUCCUCCUCUCCUUCCUCCUCCUCCUUCUACUCGAGUUGAGUCUCCUCCUCAGCGCUGACGGUACAAUGAUAUAAUAAUGAUGGGUGUCACAGCCCGCAUUUGAACUUGCAGGCGAAGCUGCCUGGGAGCCUCUUUGAGGAGGAACUCCUUUCGGGCGCAGACGCUCAGAAUCAGGUGCUCUCCAGCAGGCUCUGGGAGCAAGGAACCCUCCAGGAUUCAGCAUCUCCUGCAAGCCUUCUUUGAACAUUAAUCAAGGGAUAUACUGCUUCGUGUGACCACGAACAACUCUGGAAUAACCUCAGCACUACACUGGGAUUUUUUCUUUCCUUUUUUCCUUUUUUUUUUGCCCCCCAAACUCUGCAGUCAGCCACCUUUAAGGUCAAGAUGUUAUUAAGCAUAAAAAGUGUUUUAUGGAUGUACUCUACUUUGGUUGUAACACAUGCAGUACGUCAAGUCACAGUGGAAAAAAGUCCUCCUGUAAAGGGAUUCCUUUCUGGAAAAGUCAGCCUACCUUGCCACUUCUCAACCAUGCCCACUUUACCACCCAGUUACAAUACCACAAGUGAAUUUCUUCGCAUCAAAUGGUCAAAAAUUGAAGAAGAUAAAAGUGGAAAAGAUUUGAAAGAAACUACUGUUCUUGUGGCCCAAAAUGGGAAUAUCAAGAUUGGUCAGGGCUACAAAGGGAGAGUGUCAGUGCCCACCCAUCCAGAGGACGUGGGUGAUGCUUCACUUACCAUGGUUAAACUUCGUGCAAGCGAUGCAGGUCUUUAUCGCUGUGAUGUCAUGUAUGGAAUUGAAGACACCCAAGACACUGUGUCAUUGGCAGUGGAUGGUGUUGUCUUUCAUUAUCGAGCUGCAACCAGUAGGUACACUUUAAAUUUUGAGAAGGCUCAGAAGGCUUGUCUGGACAACGGUGCUGUGAUAGCAAAUCCGGAACAGCUAAAAGCUGCAUAUGAAGAUGGAUUUGAGCAAUGUGAUGCAGGCUGGCUGUCUGACCAAACUGUGAGAUAUCCCAUCAGAGCCCCCCGAGCUGGCUGUUACGGAGAUAUGAUGGGAAAAGAAGGAGUCAGAACUUAUGGCUUUCGUGCCCCCCAUGAAACCUAUGAUGUAUAUUGUUAUGUGGAUCACUUAGAAGGGGAUGUAUUCCAUGUCACGGGUCCCAACAAGCUUACCUUUGAAGAGGCUGAAGAAGAGUGUGCGAACCAGGAUGCCCGACUUGCUACUGUGGGAGAGUUGCACGCUGCCUGGAGAAAUGGAUACGACAAAUGUGAUUAUGGCUGGCUGUCAGAUGCCAGUGUGCGCCAUCCUGUGACUGUGGCCAGGGCCCAGUGUGGAGGUGGCUUACUUGGGGUGAGAACCCUGUAUCGUUUUGAGAACCAGACAGGCUUCCCUUUACCUGAUAGCAAAUUUGAUGCCUACUGCUAUAAACCUAAACAGAACAUAUCAGAGACUACAACCAUCCAAUUGAAUAUCCCUGUGGAAACUGAACCACCCAAUUUGUCCAAGGAACCACAAAUAAUACCAAUCCAAGCUACACCUGGCAUCCCUUUAAUCACCGAAUUACCUGUCACUCAAUCAAAUAUCCCCCCUAUGGGGGAAAUAGUGAAUAUUGAACAGAAAGUCACAGUUUUUCCAUAUGGAGAGACUAAGAAGAAGUUCGAAGAGGCCACAAUUCAACCUGAGGCUACCGUAGGCAGCUCAACAGCUGGAAGUAGAGAUAGUUUGUGGUAUACAGAAUAUCCAUUAUCUGUAUCAGGACCCCUUGAGAAAUCAGAUACAUCUGAAAUUGAAGAAGGAAUUUCUUUAUCACAACCAACUUCCUCAGAGAAUGGAGUGGUCCACAAUGCCACUGAAUUGUGGGAAAAGAACACAGAAGAUACUCAAACACAAGAGGUAAUUACCCAAACUGAAGAAAUUGAAGUGGGACCCUUGGUAACAUAUCUAGAAACUUCAGGGCAUACUCCAGUGAAGGAGUCCUCUACACAUGAGUCUCUGACCCUCUCCACUAAAAUAACCAUGGGAAAUAAAAUUGAAAAAGAUUCAACAAAUGAUUUUAUUUCUGGGUCAGGUCCUACAGAUCUCUAUGAAUUCCCUACAAGAGAAGAUGAAGAACAAACACAUACUAUUAAGCCUGAUCAGAACAGCUUUCCUUUCAGCCAAAUUCCAGAAGUGGUUACAGUAUCAAAGAUCUCAGAAGAGAGUAACCUUACUUUGACGGAGUACACCGUAUCAAUCCCAACAGUCACAGGAACCUUAACUGUAACCCUGCCUGCCAAGGAAGGCUCAUCCACAGACAGCUGGGAGGAGACACAAACCAGUGGCAGGAUUACUGAAGACAUUUCUGGUCAACGUGUGUCCAUGCCUUUGCCAUUAGAAAAUCAGACAGAAGUAACAUUUUUUGCUCCUUCCCCUGAUCUUACUUCACCACAGGGAUUAGUUGAGGGAACACCUACACUUAUUUAUCCUGAUCAACAAACAGAAGAUGGAGAAAGGGAACAAGUGGCAAAACCAGAAGCAACUACAGUCCAUCAUGCAAUUGAAGAAACAGAGAAAAGCAUGACCAAAGAUCCAUUUUAUGGAGGAAUAAAGGAAGAAGAAUUCUCUGGAAUGAAGCCUUUCCCAUCUUCUCCAGAGAAAACUGAUGUCACAGAAUCCACUGAUGAAAUGACCAAGUAUUUUGAUGCUUCUAUGACAACCACAGUCAGAACAAAGAUAAGUGUUGAAAAAGAUAUUGAAGGCAAGUUUAUAAGUACACCAGUGAACUUAGAAACAGUUGGCCCUCCUAUUACAACAAAGAUGGAAGAAAAUAAAACCAAAGUUCAUUCCACAGGCAGCACUUUAAAUCUUGAGGUAGUCACUGUAUCCAAAUGGCCACUGCAUGAAGAUAACAUAACCUCUAAGCUUUUGACAUCAACAGAGCAUAUGGGUACUACCAUAUUGCCCACUGCCUUACUUACAACUGAAAAAGUAGAACAAAUUUCACGUUUUGAGGAACCUGGAAGAGAUAAAACUUCUGAGCAUUUUGAAACUGGAAAAACUUUUCCUGUUACAACAGACGUUACUCAGAGACCAAUGGUGGAGUUCACAGAAGAAUUGCGGGAAGACGAAGAGGAGUUCACAGAGAGUUCUUAUUCAAUUCCUAAAACUGGAAUUGAAACAGAGCCAACUGCCAAAUAUUCUCCCACAGAAGAAGUUCCCUCUAGCACUGGAACUGAUAGGCAUGUUGUUGAUAAGACCAAAGAAGGGAGUGCUUUUGAGGAAAGGCUAGAACUGGAUACACCAGAGCCAGUAACUACUGUCCCUCAAUUUACACAAACUAUAUAUGGGGAAGUACCAGUAUUUGUUAGUCAUAGUAGCAGCACCCUAGAGCCUCCUGCUCAUGUAGAUGCUACACAAACAGUUUUGUUAAUUCCGAAGCCAGAAUGGGAAGUCUUUACACCUUCUGUUUCAUCAGAAGGUAAAGCUACCCAAGAUGUGCACUUGGUUGAUCAGACUCCUUUUGAAGCAACUCAUUCUCUAGAGACCAUUCAAACAAUAAGCAAAACCAUACAAGUAACUCCUGUCUCUGAGAAAGAAAAACCUACUGAGUAUCCAGGGUUUUCCACUGGUUUUGUAGCCACUACUUCUUCAGAGUUACUGAUAACUCCACCAGCUGAAGAUACUGAUGAAGGUGACUUUGAUGGAUCAGCAUAUCCAACCUCUGAAGAUGAAUUGGUGACAGAUUCUAAGCAAGUUACAGUCUUUAAAACUACUGCUGGAUCAAGAGAGCAUAGUGCAUCAUAUCCACAUUAUAUUUCUGUGACUGAGCACAAAGUGAAGACUGAAGUGGAAAUAGUGACAGCAGCUACUACAUCUGAAGGGCACUUAAGUCCAAGACCAGAACAAGAACCUGAAAGAAAGGCUAGCAGUCCUUCAACUUGGGAAUCCAGAACACCUUUGAGCUCAUUCACUACUGAAGGUGUACCUCAGAGUACACAGGAAAUGACUGCUCAGGAAAAAGAGCAAACAUCUCAAGAUUAUACAGAGCUUGGCUCAGGAUUAUUGGAAAGGCCCAAAGGCACAGAAACAGUAGCACUCACUGCAGUUCCAACAGUGAAAAUAACAGUGCCAAGUGAUGCAACUACUCUCUUCAGUCCACUGGACAAAAUUCACUCCACUUCAACCUCUAAGUCCUUUGUUACAAAAGAUAAGCCACCGAUAAUUGAUGGGGAACCCGGUGAGGAAACAACCAGUGACUUGGUAAUAAUUGAUGAAUCAACCUAUCAUAGUACACCUACCCCCCUUGAAGACUUAGUAACUAAAGAAUUGGAAACAGAUAUUGAUAGAGAAUAUUUUACAACCUCAAGUGCUUCUUCCAUUGCCCAGACAACAAGACAACCUGCAACUGAGGAAGGCAAAGAUGCAUUAGUAUCUCAGGAAGUUUCUACUUCAGAGCCUCAGGCAAGGGAAACAAUCCAUCCAGAUAUAAAUGUAUUUAUUAUUACAGUCACAGGCAACAAGACAGGUCGAAUGAGUGAUUUGAGUAUAAUUGAUCACCCAAUAGAUUCAAACUCAAAAGAAGAUGAACCUUGCAGUGAAGAAAGUGAUGAGCAGCCCGACUUUCUCACACUUUUACCCGGAAUCUUUGAAAUAACACCAUAUUUUGUAGAUGAAGAAGAUGAUGACUGUGAAAAUUCUACUGAUGUAACAACGACUCCAUCUGUGCAGUAUAUAAAUGGAAAACAUCUUGUCACUGCUGUUCCCAAAGACCCAGAAACUGCAGAAGCCAGGAGGGGACAGUUUGAAAGUGUUGCACCCUCUCCAAAUUUUUCCCACAGUGAAACUAACCCUUUUGAUUUAUCUGAAAUAGAAUCUUCUACUAUAUCUCAACCAAGUGAAUCCAAAGAAAUACUCGAAUCUUUUGAAAUUACAUGGAAGCCAGAUAUAUAUCCUGAAACAUCAGAACCUUUUUCAAGUGGUGAAUCAGAUAUUUUCCCUACAGACCAAAUGAGUGGGGCAACAGGUUUAAAUGGGAAAGGGUCAUUGGAAGUGGCUAAGCCUGUGAUACAGAUUGGCUCUGAACAUCCUAACCAUUCAGAAGAAAAUAAUGAAACAACAUCUUCAUUUCCUGAAGAGUCUUCAGGAGAUUCUCUUGUUAAUCAGGAGUCUCAGGGAGUAGUCUUUUUAAGGACUACAGAAGUGGCUUUUGGAGAAGCAACUGGACAUGAUUCUAUCAUCACAUCUGCUCCAAUAACUGUUUCUGAUUCAGUAUCAGUAGACAUCUUGUCAGAAGAAAGAUCUUCUGUUCUUAUGGGAAAUCAACAGCCUGACACAAUAUCCUCACUAGAAAGUUGGGAAGACACAACUUCUAGACACACUGUUGAGUUUUUAGGGAAUCCUCCUUUGGUUCUCAUUCCAGAAGGUUCUGGAUUUGUAGAAGAAGAUAGUAAUAAAACUUCCACAGUGGUAGCUAGCUUAUUACAGCAUACACCUACAAUUGAGAUACCAUUAAAAGGUGUUCCCUUAGAUACUAGUCAGGUCAUCCCCACAGAAAGUUUUUUUGGUGUUUCUACAAGUGCUAGUAAUCCAGUUUGGGAGGAAAGUUCUGUAGAAAUAUUGACUCCCAAAUUUGAAACUGAAACUGAGGUUCCCAGGUCAACAUCAAUAUCAUUGAAAAACAGAAUCAACACAUCUGUGGAUGGAAAGAAUCUAGAUGAUGAAAGGGAGAACACAAGUAUAAUGGCUACAUCUAUAAAAGAGUCAUCCAUACAGCCCACAGUGGAGCAGCUAAUUUUCACUUUUGAAUCAAGAAAUUCUGAUGAAGUUAAACCUACAGAUUCUGAUUCCUCUGCUACUGAAAAUAGAUCCACACAAUUUGAGGGGAACACAAAUAAAUCUGACCUUAUCCCUACACAACCCCUGUUCUCAAAGAAGUUGGAGGAAGAGAAUAUAGACAAGAGCACUACCAUUCAACACAUGGUUCCAGAAAGUCCUACUCUUCCAGGAGUUAGCUCUAAUUCUUUCCUUCUUGAGGAAGGUUCUGGAGAAGUUGGUUCUACCAUGGAGCUUACAACUGAACCUUUAGCUUCAUUAAUUUUGAAGGCGACUAAAGCUAAUGAAAGGCCAACUGAAUAUGAAGCAAAGGAAAUGACUGGCACUCUACCAUCUCCUAUAACAAAUGCUAUGCCUUUUGAGCCAACAAGUUCAGUUCUGAAUUCUGUUCCAGAUGUAUCAGACGUUGGGAUUGUAAAUAAAUUGGCCAGAGGAAAUUUCAGUACAGAUAAGAUGCAAGAAACGAAUUAUGGCACAGAAAUAAAUGACACCCCUACCAACUUUCCUUUAAAAGAAGUUGUGACUUCUGCAUCUAGAAAAUUUUCAACAGCAGCUCAUCCUGUAAGUGAAGAGGAAAUAGCAGUAGUAGAGGGUUCAGGGGAAAAAACAUUGAUGGAAUCUGGAAAUAUAAUACAUUUUUCAACAACUACUUUAGCUAGGCCAGAGUCAGGAACUGAUUCUGAAAGACCUGAGAGCACAGUGGUUAGCUUGCCAGACCAUCUUCCAGAAAAAUUUACAUUUAUACCUGAGGGCUCAGGAGAAGAACCAACUAAAAUAAGCAGUUCUAUAGAUCAUAUACCUUCAAGAGCCACAGAAAAAACAUUCAGUACUGAUUUCCUAUUUGCUUACUCAGGUUCUGGAGAUGUGGAUUUCAUCACUCAUUCUGAAGAAAGACAUAUUCCUUCACCAUCAUUAGUUUCUGAAGGUUCUGAAAUGCCAGUAGGGAAAGUUGAAGAAGAGGUUAACAGUACAGUUUCUAUGUCUUAUUCUUUCACUGUGACACCUGCCAAUUUAGCAUUAAGUGUUGGGCAUGAAGUCAACACAGCCAGAUUAGGAAUUGAAAAUAAGAUACCCAUAGAAGAAAAGGUGACAGAAGAAAAACCUUUUGAAUCAGGAAAAAGCACUCUAGGAAAAGGAGUAAUUUCUGACACAGAAAUAUUUGCUGAAAGUCAACCCCAAACCACAGACUAUUCUAUUCAAACAACAAAGGAGACUUUUAUUGGAAUAAAAGAACCAAGGCCCACUGAAGACAUUUCCUUUUUUAGCACAAUUAGUACAGAUUUAGAAGAAAAGUCUUUGAGUAUCUUUGCUCCUCGUAUAGAGUCAACCAAAGAAUCACCCUCUCCCUUUGAUGGUAUCUCAGUGACUGAAUCUCAAAUAUCUAAAACCAUGGGUACAAAGCCAACAAUCAAAGAGGAAGAAAAUACAAAACAAAGUAUUUUCCUUAUUGAAAAUGAACACAUAGAAAACAAUGAUCCAGAAGGUAUGAGGCCAAGUAUUCAAGAGUUCCAUACCAAUCCAGUAUUUUCUGGAGAAGGAUCAGGAGAUGACGUCUUUCCUAGUCAGUCUACAGUUGUAUUCAGUUUCACUGGGAUAAAAGAAAACAUCAGUAUUUUAGCUCCUGAAACACAUCAACCUGAAAGUUCAGAACCAAAUUUAGAGCCUGAAGAAAAUAAAAAAGGAACACAUGGCGAAGUUAGAUACCAUGAUUCUCAAACAAACAAUGCCUCAGAAACAAGCCACACAGUAGCCAAUACAUGGUUAUUUGAAAGCUCCAGGGACAAUGGUGAUGAAGAAACUACUUUGUCAUCAGUCACUCACUCCUUAAAAAUGGAGGUUUCUGAAAAUGAAGAUAAAACUUUUAAUGGAGUAGAAGAAACUCAGACCAAUAAGCAACAAGCCAUUACUGGAAAAUUAUCUCAAGAGAAUCCUUCCCAAUCAGAAACUAUAGAAGGAGUAACUUCUACUAAUAUAUUUUUCACUAGGCCUUCAAGUGUUGAAACUGCUAAAGUAUUUGUAACUUCAGCACCCCAUAUUCCUGUUCAGUCUUACGAGAAUUCUGGGGAAGGGUCUGGGUGGUUAGAUGGGGCAGACUCAGUUCAUGCUACUCAAAUUGUUCAAACAGCAGUGGCAAUCACCACAGUAGUUCCAAAUAGCUAUGAAGGAAACUAUUCUGAGUUUCCAAGGAUGGAAGCUUUGGUUACAAGUGGGCUACCAGCAAGCACAUUACCAACUCAAACAGAGCAAAAUGAAAGUUCCCAAAACUUACUUGGCACCCAGCCUAAUCUAAGGACUUCUGAGAGUUCCACCAGUCACUCCCCAGAUGGUUUCAAGGAAUUUGAAGUCUUAACUUUGAAGCCUGAAAGAAGGAAAUUUACAGAAAGCAUUAUUUUAGAUCUUGACAAAGAAGACAGUGAUUUAAUAUUGCUGACUACCAAAAGCACAGCCCCUGAAACUCUACCUGAAAUUACACCUGAUAAAAACACGAUCAUAGAUAUAGAUCACACUAAAACAGCAUAUGAAGACAUAUUAAGAGUGCAAACAGAAACAGAUCCAGAAUUACAAUCAGUCCCAUAUGGCAGUAAUGAAGAAAGUAUGCAAGUUGAAGAGAAAGAAGAUGCAGCAUUUAAUCUUUCUUUCACUGAAGAAAAAACGGAGGGAUCUGGUGAUAAUCUUUGGUCCAGACCCACUCAGGCAAUAAGCAAUGAAUCAGCAGCUUCUGAGGAUGGAAUCAGAUUAGGCCAGGACUAUGUCUCAAAGAACAGUGAACGCUUUACAACUGGAAUCCCCAUUUCUAGCAUGGCAGCUGAAUUAGGUGUUUUACUCCCUACAGUAUCAUCCCUGGCCAUUCCUAGUAUAUCUUCCACAAUCAGUCAAGACAUCAAAGAACUAAAAUUUGAAGAAAAACAUGUUGCUACUGAAAGUACCCUGGAUGAUCUCUUUGAAUCAAGCACAUUGUCAGAUGGACAACCAGUUGCUGAUCAAAGUGAAGAAAUCUCUACUUUGGGUUAUCUGGAAGGGACACAGUCUGAGGAUGAUGGGAAGAAAUUCAUUAGCCCUUCUUUCAAGCCAGAAUUAUCUUCUGGGCAAGAAGAUGAGUUGAUCAACCACACAGAGGAUGUAACUAUUGCUACCAUCAAAUUUCUUGAUCAGAAUUUGACUGAAACUCCUGACAUCAUUGAAGGAUCCAAUCCCACAGAGUACAUGGUAAAACCGUCAGAUUCAGCAUCUGCAGAAGUGUAUUCUCAAGCUCCUUCAUCUGUAGCAACUAUCCACUUAGCUGACAAUGCAUCUGAAUACCCUGAAGUAAUCAUUCCAAGUUCUACAUCAACUACAGAUUCAGAUGCAGACCGAAUUUCACUUGAAGAGACUUUCAAAGAAGUUAAUUCAAAUGUUGAAGCAACUUUAUGGCCACUAUCUGAAGUAUCAUCUCACAGAAUUGAUUUACCAUUCUUGGCUUCUCCUGGUACAGGAUUAGCAAUAGAGGAGACAGAAACUUCUGCUGCAGAGAUUUUAGUUGCCAAGGAAGAAACUAGGAGUCCUGAAUAUUCUCAAACCUUUACUGAUGAGAAAUUUUCUGGAGAAACAACCAAAACAUCUCCAGGGGUUGACCUACCCAAAGGUGGAACAUCUCUAGAAGCUACAGGUGAUCGUAAUUUAGAAGAUGCUUUGCAGGGGCUGCUUUCUACUCCCACUUCUGCCAACCAUGGUGUUGUAGGAGGUAUGCUAUUUCAAUCUGGCUCACAAGCCACUGAAAACCCAACUACACCCUUUGCAUCCAUAGAAAUAAACACUGAAAUGCAACCGGUUUACAAUGGAAUAGUAAACAACCAAAUACCUGCAAGAACUACUAAUUCUGAGGAUCAGGCAAUUAGCAUGGAGGAAUUAAAUACCGAGCAAAUAACAUCAUCAUUUCUCAUUCCUGAAACUUCUAAUGGAACAGAUUUCCUGAUUGGUACUAAUGAAGAUUCAGUAGAAGGCACAGCUGUAUAUUUAUCAGGGCGUGAUCUCUGCAAAACUAAUCCGUGCCUUAAUGGAGGCACCUGUUAUACCAGAGAUACUACUUAUGUAUGCACCUGUGUACCAGGAUACAGUGGAGACCAGUGUGAAUUUGAUUUUGAUGAAUGCCAGUCCAACCCCUGCCGGAAUGGAGCCACUUGUGUUGAUGGUUUUAAUACAUUCACUUGUCUCUGCCUUCCAAGCUAUGUUGGUGCUCUUUGUGAACAAGAUACAGAGACAUGUGAUUAUGGCUGGCACAAAUUCCAAGGUCAGUGCUACAAAUACUUUGCCCAUCGUAGAACAUGGGAUGCUGCUGAAAGGGAAUGUCGACUUCAGGGUGCCCAUUUGACCAGUAUCCUGUCCCAUGAAGAACAACUAUUUGUGAACCGUGUGGGCCAUGAUUAUCAGUGGAUAGGCCUCAAUGAUAAGAUGUUUGAGCAUGACUUCCGCUGGACAGAUGGCAGCACACUGCAAUAUGAGAAUUGGAGGCCAAAUCAGCCAGACAGCUUUUUUUCCUCUGGAGAAGACUGUGUAGUAAUUAUUUGGCACGAGAAUGGUCAAUGGAAUGAUGUUCCAUGCAAUUACCAUCUCACUUAUACAUGCAAGAAAGGAACAGUUGCUUGUGGACAGCCCCCUGUUGUAGAAAAUGCCAAGACCUUUGGAAAGAUGAAACCUCGUUAUGAAAUCAACUCUCUGAUUAGAUAUCACUGCAAAGAUGGUUUCAUUCAACGCCAUCUUCCAACGAUCCGGUGUCUAGGAAAUGGAAGAUGGGCUUUGCCCAAAAUUACCUGCAUGAACCCAUCCACAUACCAAAGGACUUAUUCUAAGAAACAUUUUAAAAAUUCCUCAUCAGCCAAGGACAAUUCAAUAAAUUCACCGAAACACUAUCAUCGCUGGAGCAGCAGGUGGCAGGACUCAAGGCGCUGAUCCCUCAAAUGGUGAACAUGGAUUUUCAUCAUUUCAGCCAAAGUCCUAACUUACUGUGCCUUUCCUAUCACUUUUAGAAGUACUAUCAGAUUGUUCUGAAAUUUUGGAUCAGCAUCCAGUAACUGGGCCACAGGGUCCAUAAAACGUUUCAAAUGAGAGUAUUGGAAUUUAACAGGAAAGUUUUUAAAAAAAGGGAAAAAAGAGAGAAAAUGAGGUAAGAAAAGAACUAUUUCCAGCCUAUUCAAUUUCUUUAGUUUUCUAUAUGCCUCCGGUGGGGACCAUUUUAUAAAGUAUACCAGCCUACUGUACUAUUUAAACAGCUCAAUUUCAGCACCAAUGACAAUGUAAAUAAGAUGAUUUAAUGUUGUUUUUAAUCUUGUAUAUAAAAUGAAAAGUCACACUAAGUUCAGGCAUAUUUAAUGAUGAUUAUAUGGCCUCAGAGGGCUUUAAUCAUUGACUCAGCUGCUUUUAUGUAGUUUGUUUAGGCUGGAAAUGGUUUCAAUUACCCUGUAUAUGUCAACCAGCCUGAGAAUGGCUCUUACUGGACACAGCUAAGCAAUCUUGUAGGAGGCUGCAUCACUCUCCGCCAUAGGUGCAGUUUGCUUCCCUGUGUAUCUAGGGAAGGUAACGCGUGAAGAGGAAUCAAGGCUCAACUAGGGACUGCAAUAUGGAACUUUUUUUUGGCUGCAUUCUAGCUUCAUUACUCAACAAGAAAAGACUGCCGAAAGAUUUUUCUAUGGCCAAGAUCUUCUAUAGGGGUCAAAGUGCUAAUUAUUAACUCAAACAGGUUCACUUUCUAAUGGUUUUCACAACACUAACUAGUUUUUCAGUUUCUGCAUUUCAAAUGGAUAUAGACCUGAGACUUUUUUUUGAGGUUAAAAACAACAGCAACAAUGACACACAGAAAAUAAUUUUGUAUAUAUAACCAUUUUUAAUCUUUUAUAAAUUUAUGAAUGUUUAUGUAUGAAUGCUGCAGCUGUGAUGCAUACAUAAAUAAAUGAAGUAAGCCAUACGGAUUUAAUUUAUUGGAUAUUAUUUUCCCCCAUGAUCAGAAAACUGACCUAGUUUAGUGGUUACUUUUCAGUGUUAGUCCCCUGCAAUUCCCUCAUCCAGUUUGGUUCUGUGUAAUGUACGUGUUUUGUCCCCCACAAAAUAAUGUGAUGAAUACAGUGCAUCAUUUGUUUAUUAUGAAAAGAGUGAAAAAUGUGUAUAGCUUACGAAAGAUGGCAUUGUCCCAGUCUAAGCAAGAAGAGUGUACUCAGAAAUAGUGUAGGCAAUUCUUCAUGUUAGAUGGAGUGUGUAUAGGACUUCUUCCUUUAUCCUUCCCCUUUCACUCCACACCCUCUUAUCUGGGUAGUUAACUGGUGAAGGUGAUUUAGAAACAUCAUCCACUAAAUGCAACCUUAAAAAAACUGUAAUGGAAAGAAGGCAAGGCAAUGGGAUCUUCCCCUCCUUUGGGGACAAGGACUAUGAGAAGAAUACAGAACAAAUUCAAAGUAGAAGUAGGACAGUGAUUUAAACAGACUUGACCUCCCUUUAAAGUAGACUGGCCAUGGCUUACAAGAAAGUACAGUGGCUCCAAUGAUACACCAUCUUUAAGGAACUCCCACUGGCUGCUGCACUCAAUGUACUCACACCAUUGGGUGUUCUAGAAGGUAAUAGGACCAGUGUUGACCUGUAUGUUUUCUUUUCUCUUCCAUUACAAUGCACAUAAUACUUUCCUAUAUUUAUAUUAUAACUUGUAUAGUGUAUAAUGUGAAUGUCUGGUUUUUUUGUGAAUGAAAAUCUAAGAUCUUUGUAACUUUUUUAUAUCUACUUUUGUUUCACCAAAGAAACCUAAAAAUUUUGUUUUACUAUACUGUGA